AUGAUGUCGUCUUUCGAGUUGAAAGAUUUUGGUUGUACAAUCAACGAGGUGGCAGAGAUGGUAUCCCGCCUGCACGAGAUCUCAGAGGUAGAUGGAGUUGGGUCGGAGAAGCUGGAACUGAUGAUAAUAGAGCUGAAGUUUCUGCAUGUUUUUGCUGGUUACGCUCAUGAGUGGAAUCUCUAUAUUGAUGCUAAAAAAAUGGAUGACUACCUGUUGAUCAAACUUGAACAAUUAAACAGUGUUUCGCAUGCUUUCAUCCACGCAUGCACUCAACAAGAACAUCACGACUGGGAUCCUUUCGCUUCCGAGUUACUUCAAGAGAUUAAUGUUCUCAAGGCCGAGGUCGAGGCUGCUUACCAACCCGGCUCCACUUUCUCUUCUUUGUGCACCACCACCCAAGAAGGAUCAUUUUCAGAUCAUGAUUUGGAAAACCUUCUUGAUUUUGUAACAUUGAUUUUCAAAUAUCUGUUGGAUUAUCCUCUGAUGAAACAAAUGAAGGCUCUGAAAUGGAGAGGGGAUUUUGUGGGCUCGCUUAAUUCAUUCCCUGGUGAUUCACCUUGGUGGGAUAAAAUGCGUCCUCUGGGUGAAAGCAUCCUGAUUCAGACUGCUCGUCUUUGUUGCGUUUGCUGGUACAAUUUAGCCACGGAUCAAAUUUUGGAACAAAACGUCCCGAUCGAUCUAGCCACUCCAAGGUUCCUAGCCUUCACUCUCCGAUUCCUCCCAUGCUACGAUAAGACAGGAGGCUUCGAUGAGACGGGUUCUGAAAAAUCAAUUUCAGAUUUUCUUUCUUACAUGCUCAGUUUGGAAGACCAAACAGAAAUUCUGCACAAAGAAUUGGUGUUCCUGCUCACCUGUCUCACCAGGAUCCCAGAGUUGGAAAACGUCAUGGAUGAUGUGCAGAAGAUAAUCUCAGGUAUUAAAUAUGUGGUCAUGGAGGCCAAAAGUCUACCGGCUGAAACCUCGAAAACACAUAAAGCUCAAUUAGCAAGUUUGUUUGGAAAUAUUUGGUCUGUUAAGGCAGAGAUCUUCAUCAGUGGGGCAACCUUUCGCAGGCUUUUUAUGACCGACCAUGAACCCCUGGCCGCAAGUUGUAUGGAAGACCGCAUCAUGAACCUUCUCGAAGAGAAUAAAAUCUCGGAAUGCCAACCUUUUCAGCACGACACCGAUGGAUAUCUGCAACGGCUUUUUCCUGUCCGCGGUGCCAAGGGUUCAACGGAAGACAUCAUCGGACCCCUUCUUGACAAGUGUAUGUAUCUGCAAACCAUUUUCUCUGUAAGCGGUCACAUGGACGCCUUGCGUUGGGGAUGCAGUUUCCUGAAAGAGAAUCUUUCUCCAUCAGGCGCAGCUUUGGUAGAAGAUCAUAUCUGGGACGCCAUUGAAGGGGCAUUUCAUCACUUUCAAUCUCUCUAUCAGUCCUCCACUAAUGAGAUGCCCUCUAUUCAGGUCAACUCAUUACCUUACCAGCCUCUAGAAGGGAUACUAAGUAAUGCAAAUAAGCUUCUCUUGGACUUGAUAGAAAAGGGUCCAAAUCCGAUGCUCUCCCAGAACCAGGAUAUCAGAACUCUCCAGGAGGACCUUCUUUUCUUAAGAGAUGUGAUGACUAUUCACACAAGAAAAGAGACUACGGACUGGGAGAAGCUGCUCCGGACAGAUACUAUAGAAGUUCUCUUAGGAGUAAUUUCUCUUCAUGGUGCGAUUCAAAUGGCCAAAUUACAUAACCCCGAUACAGAAGAAGACGCUGGAGGAAUGGAUUUCAGGAUUCUUGAGCUGUUAAAUAAAGUUCAGUCAUGGACUCUAAAGCUUAGAGGGGUUUACGGUCAAAUCCCAAAGUUUAAUCACCCCAGGACUGCCGGAUUGUAUUUUCUCAAAUUCCUCCUACAAAAAUUAAGAGACCUGCUAAACAUGGAGCAUGGAAUGAUUGAAUCUGCCAUACUUCUAGUGAAAUCCAUUAGCAGGGAUUUGGAGUUCAUAAUCUCUGAAUUUGAGGAUGUUUUCAAACAGGACGUUUGGACAGAGGGAUUCAAAGAUUUUCAUACACGCCUUAGUGAUGCUGCACAUCUGGCCGAAUACAUUGUCGACUCCAUGGUGGUUGGAGAUGCUACGAGGCAAAUGUUGGUGGUGCUUCAUUAUGCGGCAAAAGAGAUCAAACAAGCUAAGCUACAGCUCAAUGAUUUUCAUCGCGACGACAUUCCCCGGAACUUGAUGCCUGUUGAGUUGCAGUCUACCAGCACCACCACACUGCAGGAAGCUAUGAUUGGCCUUGAUGAUGCCAAAGUGCAGAUACUCAAUCGAGUCCUUGGAGGCGGCGCAAAGCGAGAGAUUGUCUCGAUUGUUGGAGUGGGAGGGAUCGGCAAGAGCACUUUGGCCAAUCAUGUUUUUUGCAGUCCCAGUGCUGCUUACCAUUUUGACAUCCGUGCACAAUGCCAUGUUUCUCAAACUUAUAACACAAGAGAUUUGUUGCUUGAUAUCUUGAGCGGCAUCAUCACCAUCAAUGACAGCAUACAUGCAUUGACCAACGCUGAUUUGGAAGAGAAGCUGCGUAAAGCAUUGAAGCAAAAAAGGUAUCUCAUCCUUAUGGAUGAUGUGUGGGAUACAGGCGCAUGGGAUGCUUUGCACAAAUCAUUCCCGGACGACUCUAAAGGUAGCAGGAUUUUAAUCACGAGUCGUCUUCAGAAUUUGGUCUCAAAAAUUUGUAGUGAUCAUCAUCAUCUUCUUCGUCCACUCUCUGAGGAGGAAAGUUGGAAGUUGCUCAAGUUAAAGAUAUUUGGGAAAGAAGAAGAAUGUCCUGAAGAACUGUUGGAAAUUGGAAAGGAGAUUGCCGCUCGCGAUUGGUGCAAUAGCUGGUGUUCUUCACAGGUCUUGUGGAAGGAGCCAACAGUUGUGGAAACAAACUGCGGAAAGCGUGAGCUUGGAGAUAGUUAA